UGAAUGUAUUGAAUGUAGGCUAUAGCGCCGCUGACACUGACAUCGUGACAACACCAGCUCUGUCUGUGGAUCUGUGCGAGUCGCUCCCCAGAUUGUGUAAUAUUUUUUAUUUUUUUGCCUUCUUCCUGCACGCGGCAAAAACCUGCACCCGAGCGCGCAAGGAGGAGAGGAAGAGGAAGAAGAAGAAGAAGAAGAAGAAGAAGAAGAAGAGAGGAGGAGGAGGGGAAAACAGGAGGAUUGCAACAUUCAUCAGAAUUUAUUUUUCUUAUUAUUACAUGGCGCAAGGGCUUUACAAACGGGACCGUCCUGGGUGUGAUACUGCCACGGUGAAUUUGGAUACCCAAGCGGCGGCAGAGGCAGCGGCGGCGGCGGCGGCGGCGGCGGCGGCAGCGUCCUCCUCCAUCCACGGAAGAAGCAUCCUCGGCUGCGGCGGCGCCCACACCGACUCCUCGUCCUCCUCCUGCCGGCUCUAUGUCGAGUGAUGGUCGGCUUGCCUUGCUGGAUGCUCCCCGCUCUCUCCGGAUCGUCGACGACCGAACCUCCUCUGACCGCAGACCCCCAUUUUCGGCGGAAACCUUCCCAGAGCUAUAGGGCUACAUAUGGAAACUGGGGAUCAAAAUUUUAGGAAAAAGGAAAAUCUACGCGGUUAAUUUUUUUUUUUUUUUUUUUUUUUUAGGUUUUUAUCGGUUUCUAUCUGUUUUAGUGUGUGUUUUUCUAUAAAAAAAAAAAGCCUGCCAAAUUAAUUAAUUUAUUUGUUGAGCCUUGAUUUCCUCAUUCCAUCGUGUGUAGGAUUGAUUUGUGAGAAACCAGCGUGAUAUUUUCUUUUAACUCAACAAUAGGUCGCUAUAAAACACCCCGAUAUUUGCUUUUAUUCCCCCUCGACAGGACUUGAAUCCGUCCAUUUGUUUAUUCUCUUUUGUUUCCACUAAUAUGAUAGAUCUCCCUGCUGUCCUUCGUUUCCCUCCCCGGUUUAUUAUCUCCUUGCUUUCCCCCCUUUUUGCCUAAACCCAACACGUUAGAAUAAUAAUAUUAAUAAUAGUCUUUAGGGUAGCUUUUUUUGGUAUAGUUAUAAUUCAGAAUUCUUACUAGUAAACGCAAUGUUAUAACCUCUGACUAAAGUAACUGUAACUCCCUGUAACAGACAUAUUGAACUGUUGUACUGUAAGCCUGCCAUUACUCUAACACCGCCCCCAACCAUCUCUGUGCUCCAUUUGAGCUCAUGUUAAUUCAGCUCUGUGCUUAGCUGUAACCUUUACAAGUCAAGAAACAGUUUUAUUCCCCCUCUCUUUGCAGGCCUGUAGAGAAUAAACCUCAGUUUGGUUUAUCUCACUGCCAUUUUUAGGCUGGGCUCUGCCACUAUAGGCUUUAGGACAUAAUUAAUCCUUUAUAGCUCAGUGCUUGUAGCUUUUUUUUUUUUUUUUUUUUGCUGCUACAUCUGCAGCUGAAGCUCUGCUGAAGAGCUGUCAUCCUCUGCACACCUGAUUUUUUAAAUCUUCCUUUUUUUGGGGGGGGUUAUAUAAAAGUAAGAACAAACAGAGAGGAGAGAGACAUCACUGCCUCUUCCUCCACCCCCUCCCCCCCAAAAAACCAAACAACCCUCAGUUUUUCUCUUGUUUUGGUUCUCACCCAAACGCAACCAUAAGGUUCCUACCGCAUCCUCCUCCUCCUUCUUCCCUCUCCUUCCGCUCGAGUAUAUCCCGUUUUUUCGGUUUGGUUUGGUCCCGCAAAUUUUCAAAUAUUUACUUCCUGUACAUCAAGAGGAAAGGGGGUCCCCCUUUCAUGGAAUGCGGAAACAUGGGUCUGUUCGACCGCGGAGUCCAGAUGCUGCUGACCACGGUGGGAGCCUUCGCGGCCUUCAGCCUCAUGACCAUCGCGGUCGGCACGGACUACUGGCUGUACUCCCGCGGCGUCUGCAAGACCAAGUCCAUGAGCGAGAACGAGACCAGCAAGAAGAACGAGGAGGUGAUGACCCACUCGGGCCUGUGGAGGACAUGCUGCUUGGAAGGAAACUUCAAGGGGAUGUGUAAACAGAUAGACCACUUUCCUGAGGAAACAGAUUACGAAGCGGACCCAUCUGAGUACUUCUUGCGUGCGGUGCGAGCCUCCAGCAUCUUCCCCAUCCUCAGUGUCAUCCUGCUCUUCAUGGGAGGCCUGUGUAUAGCUGCCAGUGAGUUCUACAAGUCACGCCACAACAUCAUCCUCAGCGCAGGAAUCUUCUUUGUGUCUGCAGGCCUGAGCAACAUCAUCGGGAUCAUCGUGUACAUAUCAGCCAACGCAGGGGACCCUUCAAAAAGCGACUCGAAGAAGAACAGCUACUCUUACGGCUGGUCCUUCUACUUCGGUGCCCUCUCCUUCAUCAUGGCUGAGAUGGUGGGCGUCUUGGCCGUGCACAUGUUCAUCGACCGCCAUCGGCAGCUCCGAAUAGGAGCCCGCGCAGCCGACUAUCUCCAAGGCUCAGCCAUAACACGAAUCCCCAGCUAUCGCUACCGCUACAGACGUCGCUCGCGCUCCUCCUCCCGCUCCACAGACCCAUCACACUCCCGCGACACCUCGCCGGUGGGCCUCAAGGGCUUCAGCGCUCUGCCAUCCACAGAGAUCUCCAUGUACACGCUGCCCCGGGACACCCUCAAGUCCUCCGGCACGCCCACCGCCACCUACAAUUCUGAGAGGGACCACAACUUCCUGCAAGUCCACAACUGCAUCCCUAAGGACCUGAAAGACUCAAGCCACACCAACACAGCGAACCGACGCACUACGCCGGUAUGAGGGAGUCGACACAGGCCAGGCCGGCCCGGCGGAGACCAGGAGACACGGGGACCCCUGUGGGUGCAGUACGCCCCAGGAGAAGAUGGAUUUCCAUGUUUAUAGACAUUUGUUCUUUUUGUUCAGCUGCAUGACUUUUCCAUUACCAUUGUUGAGAGAGUUUCAACAAGUCUGCUGUGUUUCUGGAUUAAAUGGCAGAACAGUGAGAAUGGGUCAGGUUGUCUCUCUCUCUAGAGAGAGAGAGAGAGAGAGAGAGAGAGAGAGAUCUGUCAUUUUUUUGCGCGGGGUUUGUUUAUGAGGUUUGGGGCACUGAAAGGAAGGGUGGGAGGGGGUGGGCAUUUAUGAGAUAAAGAAUUGAUUUCAUGAUUUCAUAGCCCUUUGGUUUGACAGUUUUGCCCCACAAGUUUGGUUGGAGCAACAGGUCAAGCUCCCCCCUCAGCCAGCCCACCGCUCAGAUAUACACCCCCUUUUAUUUAUUGACUCAUUUGUUCAUUUUUUGCAUUAAAACUGUGAAUUGUUACAGCUUGGGAUUCAGUAAGAAUUAGCCCAAUCUGUAAUCUCUAACAAAGGUACUAUAUAUAUGUAUUACUUUUCUAAAUAAAUUAUUACGUUAAUAAUCAAGAGUUACAGACUUUACCGAAGCAAAAAAGAAAAAAAAACAAGUUAACUAAACAAAGUGCUGUUGGUAAGAUGAGAAAAAGACUCUUUUAGUAUCUGUUCAUUUGAAGGUUGAGAACAAGAGAAGGUUCCUUUAGGUAGCGGCAGUACACAGCGACUGAUGCUACCAGAGGCAGACGCAGACAGUCAACAGUAGAAUAAUAUCUAUUCUUUUAAUAGAACCUUCUCGUCUUUUUCUCAGUCCCUGUUCGCUUUCUUUUUUUGGGGGGGUCGUAACGGGAGAGUUGAACCCCUUAACAGAAAGAGCCAACAAAAGGGGUCAAAGUUCACAAAGCAAAGACUCCAAACACGACUUCUACAAAAUAAAAAAAAGGAAGGAGCAGAGGGGAAGGAAAAGAAGAGGACGCCAAAACACAAAAAUAAAAACAAGUUAAAUAUGAAAUAGUACAAGAGAAGCUAAGUGACUCACAAUUUCAGAAAUUAAAUGCAUGCUAUAAAAUUACAGCAAAUCUGCUCUUGAGAAACUUAAGUUUUAAAGGUUAAUAAUUAUAAGGGGAAAAAAAAGCAAAGACGCUAAAGUUUAAAGUAUUAAUGUUUUCAUGUGUAUUUUUCUUAUGUUUUCUUUUUUAUUUAUUUAGUUCAUUUUAUCUUAUUGCUUUUGUGAGACAAACCAAACAAUCUACAUUGAACAAAACUGCUUUUUUAAAUGGUUUGGUUGAUUUCUUUAUAAAUAUAUAAAUAUAUGUAUGUAUGUAUUUUAUUUUUAAAACUCACACAGCCUUAGUCAUUUCUUUGUUUCUUUUGAUUUUUAAUGUGUUGUUCAAAUUGAUGAAUUCAAAAUGAAAUCUUUAAAGGUGCCAAAACCGAAUGAUCCUAUACUUGGAUGCAUCAAGUCCUGAUGAAUAAAAUACGAACCCUAGGGGGAACAAAUCA